GUUACUGUCGUAUGUUAAGACACCUCUUGACCACCACUGCAGACAAACCCGCAAUUAUCUCAAAGCCAUGACUCUUGUGGAGCCAAAUGUGGCCAAUAGUCCAGUGAUUAGUGAGAGCUUUGAUAACAUAAUAAAGGCUUUCGGAGACAAAAGACAAUACAAGGCAUUGGUCUUAAGCAAUGGUCUCAAAGUGAUUGUCAUCAGUGAUGUGGAGACAGACAAGUCAGCGGCGGCUCUGGACGUGAAUAUUGGGUCCAUGAGUGACCCGCGAUCCGUGCAAGGGUUGGCCCACUUCUUGGAGCACAUGCUCUUCUUGGGCACUGAGAAGUAUCCCGAAGAGAAUGAUUACAGUAAAUACAUCUCGAGGAAUGGCGGCCAAUCCAAUGCCUUUACGAGUGGUUCGCACACCAACUUCUACUUCGAUGUCUCGCCUCAGUUCCUCUGCGGCGCUCUCGACAGAUUCGCGCAGUUCUUCGUGAGGCCUCUGUUCACAGAGACUGCCACCGAUCGGGAGAUGAAAGCCGUUCACUCAGAGCACGAGCGCAACAUCGAUGACGACGGCUGGAGACUAUCACAGCUCGAGAAGACAUUAUCGGAUCCCAACCACGACUUCAACAAAUUCGGAACCGGAAAUAUGGAAACUCUGAAAGAAAGUCCUCUUUUGAAAGGAAUAGAUGUUCGACAAGAGUUGUUGUCUUUUCACAAUCGCUGGUAUUCGGCAAACAUUAUGUCUUUAGUAGUCUUAGGCAAAGAAUCCAUCGAAGAAUUGGUAGAAAUGAUAAUUCCAUUGUUCUCUCAAAUCAAGAAUAACGAUACAAUAGUUCCCAAAUGGGAUUCCCAUCCAUUCACUGAUGAAUAUCUACAGAAACAAUGCUUUAUUGUUCCGAUUCGUGAUUCUCGCAGUUUAGGCCUAACCUUUCCCAUCCCUGAUUUGGUGCCUCACUAUAAGUCACAACCAGGUCAUUAUGUGGCACAUCUCAUCGGACAUGAAGGGCCGGGAAGUCUACUUUCAGAACUCAAAUCUCGCGGUUGGUGUACAGUAUUGAAUGGUUACGACAGAAGAGGCGCCAAAGGGUUUGGUUUCUUCAAUGUUAGCGUCGAUUUGACUGAAGAGGGAAUUGAACGCAUCGAUGAUAUAAUUACUUUGGUUUUCCAAUACAUUAAUUUACUCAAAAAAGAAGAUCCCAAACAAUGGAUAUAUGAAGAGGAGAAGAGAAUCAAAGAAAUUAAGUUCCAAUUCAAAGACAAAGAGCGUCCCAUGAGUUAUGUCCGAGAUUUGGCUACAGUUGUUCACGAUUAUCCAUUAACGGAAUCAUUGAGUGCCGGCUAUUUGUUAGAAGAAUUCAGACCCGAUUUAAUAACUGAUGUCAUCAAUCACUUGCGAGUGGAUCAGAUGCGAGUGGCAAUUGUGGGCAAAAAGUUUGACACAAUGGCCAAUAUGACAGAGAAGUGGUACGGAACCAAAUACUCGAUUCAGAAUAUCCCUCAAGAAAAGCUACAGUUGUGGCAAAAUUGUGGAUUAAGUGAUAACUUGACACUUCCACCCGUCAAUGAUUUCAUACCUUCCAAUCUAAACCUCAAAACUCGUGACGAAAACAUUGAAACAAACCCUCAAAUAAUCCGAAACACAGAGUUUUCUCGGCUUUGGUACCUACAGGACAGCAAAUACUUGACGCCUAAAGUCCCUGUAGCAUACAUGAGCCCUGAAAUGGCCAACGCCACAUACCUAUUCACUCGACUGUUUCGCGACAGUAUUAAUGAAUAUUCAUAUUCAGCUGAAUUGGCCGGACUUUUCUACAGCUUUUCGAGUACUAACAGUGGAUUAAUUCUAGAGUUGGGCGGAUAUAACGACAAAUUGAAUAUAUUAUUGACUAAAAUCCUCAACAAAAUAAUAGAUUUCAAAAUAGAUGCUAAAAGAUUUGAAGUGUUCAAAGAAAUCUAUAUCCGUGGCCUUAAGAACUACCCGACCCGACCCAUGCAUGAACUGCUCCGGUACUACACAUCGCUCAUCACAUCUGAGAGAUACUGGUCUUACGAGGAGUUGUUGCAAACGGCACACGAAUUGACUGUUGAGAAGGUCUCGCAGUUCAUUCCGCAACUGUUGUCUCGUUUCCAUAUCGAGGCCUUAAUUCACGGAAACAUUGAGAGGAGUGAAGCGCUUGAAGUUUGCGAUUUGGUUGAGAACCAGUUCAGGAAACAUCUCAAUACAAGACCUAUUCCUCUGUCCCAACACUUCCGCAACAGAGAAAUACAACUGACAGACGGCUCUAACUUUAGUUACUCGACAACAAAUGCUAUCCAUCAGACCAAAGCCAUUCAGGUGUACCUUCAGAUUGGAGUUCAGGAAACCGUCUCGAAUGUGACAUUAGAGUUGAUAAACCAACUCUUAAACGAACCAUUUUAUAACACACUGCGAACUCAGGAACAGUUGGGAUAUUUGACAUUCUCAUCGCUGAGACGCACCAAUGGGGUGCAGGGCAUGACUUUUAUAGUUCAGUCAGAUUUGAGCCCUUCUUAUCUGAACCAACGAAUCGAAGCGUUCAUCUCUUGGGCUGAAAAUUACAUCAAAGACAUGAGUGACGAUGAUUUCGAGUCCGAAAAGCAGUCGUUGAUAACACAUAAACUCGAAAAACCCAAACAAUUGAUUGGGUACUCGAAAAGGCUUUGGAGUGAAAUCGAUUCAAAGCAGUAUAACUUCAAUAGGGAUGAGAUUGAAGUGGAUGUCAUCAGAACGUUGAAAAAAGAUGACAUCACAGCCUUCUUUAAGGCACUGAACACUCAAUUAUUACUCAAUUGUUUAAACAUCUGUUUCACGACUCCCCCAAUCGUAAGAAACUAUCGGUCAGUAUAAUGAACACGAAUGCCGGCAAUGAAGUGGACGUCAAAGAAGAUUCUUCUAAUGUAAAGGAAGGCCUCUUCCCGGCCCCCACACUAAAGGAACCGAUAAAAAUAGAAAAUAUGACACUCUUUAGGAACGGCUUAGCGUUAUACUCACUGCCACAACCGGUCAUCGAUGUCUACCAAAUAGAAAAGUCUAAACUUUAAACACAUUUUUUAAUACCGUA